AAAAGACACACAGACGAUCAGAUUGACCUUCAGACCAAACUAACAGCUUCCUCUGAGUGAGUUCAGCAACAGCAGAGAGAAGUAGAAGAAGAAGUAGAGGAAUUACAACAAUACUGCCUCAACCGGCUCGCAAUGGCUUCAAAAACAGAGGAGCAUCUCUGCUGUCCGAUCUGUCAUGACGUCUUUAGGAGUCCCGUACUGCUUUUAUGUAGCCACAACUUCUGUAGAGACUGUCUGAAGAUCUGGUGGGGAGACAAAAAAUCAUGUGAGUGUCCAGUUUGUAAAAGAAGAUCUUCGAAGGCUAAACCCCCUAUAAACCUGGUGUUAAAGAACCUGUGUGAGGCCUUCUUGUUGGAGAGAGACCAGAAAGCUUUAGGGGCUCUCUGCAGUCUGCACUCUGAGAGAUUCACUCUCUUCUGUCUGGACGAUCAGCAGCCAGUUUGUGUCGUCUGCAGAGAUUCAGAAAAACACGGCAGCCACAGAAUCAAACCCAUCGAUGAAGCUGCACGACAACAGAAGAAGGAACUUGAGGAAACUCUGGAGCCCUUAAAGGAGGAGUUAAAGGUUUAUGAACAAGUUAAAGUGAAGUUUAAUCAAACAGCAGAACACAUUAAGGUCCAGGCCCAACAGGCAGAGAGGCUGAUUAAGGAGCAGUUUAAAAAGCUUCACCUGUUUCUACAAGAGGAAGAGGAGACCAGGCUGGCUGCACUGAGGGAGGAAGAGGAGCAGAAGAGUAAGAUGAUGAAGGAGAAGAUGGACGCUCUGAGCAGAGAGAUAGCAGCUCUUUCAGACACAGUCAGAGCCACAGAGGAGGAGCUGAGAGCUGAAGAUGUCUCAUUCCUGAGCAACUACAAGGCUGCAGUGGAAAGAGUCCAGCAGCGCCCCCUGCUGGAGGAUCCACAGCUGCCCUCAGGAGCUCUGAUAGACGAGGCCAAACACCUGGGCAACCUGACCUUCAACAUCUGGAACAAGAUGAAAGACAUGGUCUCCUACACUCCUGUGAUUCUGGAUCCAAACUCUGUUUAUCAUGAGCUGAUCCUGUCUGAAGAUCUGACCUCUGUGAGAGCAGGAGAGGAACAGCGACUUCCUGAUAAUCCAGAGAGGUUUGAUGAAUACUGGUCUGUCCUGGGCUCUGAGGGCUUCAACUCUGGGACUCACAGCUGGGAUGUCGAGAUUGGAGACGAUACAAACUGGUCUCUGGGUGUGUUAGCAGAGUCUGUGCAGAGGAAGGGAGACAUACAGUCUGGAUUAUGGGGAAUCGGGUUCCACAGAGGUAAACACUAUGCACGGUCACUACCAGGUCCACCCACUGCUCUCCGAGGGCAGAAGAGGCUCCAGAGGAUCAGAGUGAAUCUGGACUGGAACAGAAGAAAGCUGUCGUUCUGUGAUCCUGAUACUAACACACACAUACACACCUUCACACACACUUUCCCUGAGAGGAUGUUUCCAUACAUUAGUACUGGGAAUAAACUGAAGAUAUCACCACUGAAGGUCUGUGUGACACUGGAGCAGAAAGGUUAGAGAUAAAGAAGAUGAUUAUAUUCAUAAUAAUGUUUUUUUAAAGGGAAAAAGCACUGAAUUUAAUUUAACUGCAAACACUCAUUUUUCUUUCAGUUAUUAUUUAUGUUGUUUUCAUUUUUGUUGUUGUUUAGUUUUACAAUUAGGAAGUAGGAGGAAAAUGAUUUCACUCUGUUUGAGAUUGUCAUGUUUUUUUAAAAGAUAUUGUUAAUUUAAGUAGUUAAUUUGUUCAUUAUUUUGACAUUUGUGUGUGUUGAAGCUGAUUUUGACCCAAAUGAAGUUUACUGUCAUAUGCACAGUUAAAAACUGUGAUCUUCCUUUGCUCUCCACUGUGAAUGUUUGUAUAAAGUAUCCAAUACAGAGAAAAUAAAUAUGUAAAAACAGUAUCUACAAUAACAUUACACAAAGUAAGAAAAUAUGAAGAAAAAAUAAAGAAUCAGUUUCUAAAUAA